AUGUGGCGGGUCACCUGUGACGAGCCCAUCUCCCUUGCAAGCGGUACCAUCGAGGCAUCGAGCUCAUCCGAAUCUGCGGCCAUCUCCGCGACAAGCCAGGCUUCCAGCACGCGCGGAUCGUCUAUAGAGCUUCCCGGUCUCGCUGCUGCUUCGCCUCCGUCCUCCUCAAAACCCAUCGAUGUUGAAGCUGCACCACCAACCGCUCCAUCAUCGUCUGUAUCCAGCACAUCAUCCCCAGCAAACGAAGCAGCCGACGCACCGGCGUCAACCACCACAGCUAAUCAGGAUGGAAACACGAGUGCGCCACCCGCCGCCACAUCAUCUACCACACAGCUCGCGUCAUCUUCUCCAGAGCCUCCUGGGCAAAGCACGACACUUCCGUCCGCGAUUGUCAACCCCGGCGCAUCAGACUCUACCGUCCUCUCGUCCUCUCCAAGUACCCUCAUGACCGACAUAAGCUCCACCUCUACCAGCAUCGCCAUGGCGACUUCCAUGAGCUUCAGCGUCACGGAUCCAAGUGAUACCGCGGGCAGCGGCACCAACAGCGUCGGCAGUCCUAGCGGCGGCGCCACGCCGACGCCGACUUCCCGCCGCGCGGGCGACAUAGAGCUGCAGACCAAUGACGGUCCCUCCGGCCCACCUACAGGCAUGAUCAUUGGCGGUGCCGUCGGCGGCGCCGCCGCGCUCGCGAUGAUUGCUUUGCUCUUCUGGCUCUGGAGGCGACGGUCUAAUAAGAAGAGGCAGCUUGGACAGCCGCGAACGCCGCUCUCCGAGAGGCCCGGCGGUGGUAGCCAGCUCUCCGGUGGUGCGGCAGCCACCGCGGGGCCGUUUGCCGCUGGACGGCCGGCCUCGACGAGAGCCAAGAACCCGCUGCAGGGGUGGUGGGCGGCUCACGGCGUCGGCAACAACGCGCCGCUCAUCACCCCCGAGUACGGCGAGAAGCAAGCUGCGACAGUGCAGCCCGUCCCCGCGCGGGCACGGCGCGCGAGUUUGGGGCAGAGAGCGCUGCAGAACCCUUUCUCAGACGCCCACAGCACCGAGGUGCGAAUCGCUGCGGCCAUUACGCCGCAGCAGCAACAGCAACAGCAGCAGCGUCUGCGCGGUAUACUCAAGCAGCCCAUGCCGACCUUGCACAGCAGCCAUCCCUCGGACGCAUCCUCCGUCGUCGCCGCCGCCGCAGGCGCGGCGCGACGCUCCCGAGCCCAUUCCGCCAGCGGUCAGCGCGCAUCGCAGCGCAUGCUCGCCUCGCGGCGCACAUCGUCUCUCACCAACGAUCCGUUCGAGGAACGGCGCACCAAGUUCCGCUCCGACCCGUUUGACCUGGAGCUCGACACGCGCAUGCUGUCGUCUUCCUCCUUCUCCUCCUCCGCCAUCCCCCAAAAGGAUCCCCGCGCCAGCUCGGUGUACAGCGCCAACACAGGCACCAGUUCGCGGUACACGAGCGGCCUGAGCAGCACCUGGGGCGCGGAGCCUGCCGUCGCGGUGGCACCGCUGGUGGUGGGUGGUGGAGGGAGGUCUGGUGUGAGUGACAGUCCGACGCUACCGCAGGAGCCGAGUCGAGGAGGUGGCUUCGGCGGUGGCAUUGUAGGGCAAGCGAUGUAA